GGAGCUACAGCAGCUCGUCAACGCUGCUCAUAUUCCAGAACCUGAAGCCAAUCCAGAUCACUGAGAAUCGUUUUGGGCUACCUGGUUGAUUCUGCCUCCCAGGUAGAAUGGACGAGAACAAAGCCACCUCUACGGCUCAACCAACGGACAACAACACGCUUCCCGUCUACAACAACCGCACGAAUGAUGUUCCGUCGACACGAUCUUCAUCGUCCUCGCCAACAUCGUCAUGUUCCUCGUCGCGUGUGACCCCAUAUUCCGGUCAAGAUCAGCUUGACGCACAGCUUGCAAACUCAUCGGUAUCAAGCGAAAGCCCAGCUCUGCAUGAUUUAAAUACUCCCGGCCAGGCAGCGGCAGCGGGCACGAAGGAAGGUUCGGGCCCGUACCCCUUGCGGCCAAGGCCCACCCACGGCGCGGUGGUGAAACAAGCACUCAGCAUAUUCAAGUCUUCCGCAUCACAGCCCAGCAUAUUCAAGUCUUCCGCAUCACAACCCGGCGGCCCCGGUGUACGAGUCCUGUCGACAUCCCCGUCAUCUCCAGCUCACACCGCAGUCCCUCCCGCAAAGGAACCACCCAUACCAAUGCACUGCCAGCACCGAGGGUGCUCGAAUCUGGCGAGGUACGGCCCUCUGGACUCUCCACCUCGCGCCUGUCAGUUGCAUAAGAGGGUGGGCCAGUUCACCACCAACCGCCAUGGAGCACUGUUCAGAGCCACCCGUGAAGGAAACGCUUUUCGGAAACUGGCGGCAGCUACCGUCAAGUCUCCUCCGCCCUGCAGCAUCAACAAAGGUGACUUGGUGGCGUCGGACCAAUCCCGACUACCUUCGACAGGAAGCAGCGGCGCGUCUUCUUCCUCAUCCCACCCUAAGCCGGAGGAGACCUCUGGCACUCGGGGGCAAGUGUUGAAACGCGCCAACCGACAGGGAAUAUCCGGUGGGCACAACGGUGGGAGCCAGUCGUCGCGGAAUCGCACCUGCCUUUUCCCAGGAUGUGACGCUCGGCCCGACUACGGCCUGCCGGGUGCAACGCGCGCCAUGUACUGCUUCGCCCAUAAGAAGGCUCCAAUGGUGCAGCUCUUCAAGGAACUACCUGCCCUUCCGAACAAGGCUGGGAACGCCACCACCGGUAAACGCAGCCAGGGUCCCGCUGCAGCAGCAGCAGCUGCUGCUGCUGCAUCAGUCGGAGCAAACAAAACCCGAGCGCCGAGUAACAUAGAUCGAAAUGGGGCUAAGAAAGCGCGACGAGGGCCACAGGAAACGGAGGAAGACAAUGACGUCGAUAGCGGAGGCAAGCACACCAGCAAGAAGAGGCGUUCAACGGGCGGAAAAGACGAACGGGGCGGAAUUUCCAGCGCCAAGGUGACAGGGGAAAACCUGACGAAACCCACCGUGAAGACUUCUGCAUCGUCCCUCCCUCCUCCAGCUCCCGCUUUCGAACCCAAUCCCCCCUCUUCGUCCAAUAACCGGUUGGCCGACUCGUCGGGGAUGGCCCCAUCCGUAGAGUUUCUCGUCCUUAGGCAGGCGAGGGAGGCUGCCAAGACGGAGGCCGAGGCCAGCGGCCUGGGCAGAAGGCCCCGCGCGCCGUCACGGCGGGCCCUGGAGGCGGCGGGCCGGCUGAAGGGCAUCGGUGCACAAUGGAUGAGUCGCGAGAAAAAGGCGGAGGAUCUGAGACUCAAGGCGGAGCUGAGGCUGCAGCGUAAGCAGUACCAGGCGGCAGGCCUGAAGUCUGGGGUUGUGCUAGAGAUGUUCGUACCGGCGGCGACCGGGACCGAGGCAGCGGGCGAUGGGAUCGAGCAGAGGGAUGGGGAGGUAAGAGGAGAGGGGGGAGCAACCACGCCCAGAGGUAGUAACCCCGGAUGGCACAAGGUGUCGCCAGAAGCUCUCUCAGCGCCUUCUUCAAAGCAGCAUGGUUCGGGACAGGGGAAAGGAUCUUCCGUAGGAAGAAGACAGAAGCCUUCAAAGCAAGCCAGGUCCACCGCUGUAGCGGAGAGCGGUUAGCUCCAAGGCCUUCACCACAGUUUACGGUACGGCAUGAGUGCUGGACGCUGCGUCGACCGACGGCGUGGCGUCGUGCUGCUGCUGCCGCCGCCAAUCCCUUCCGGAAUCGAGCAGGAAAAAAUGAUGCUAGCCAUCCAGGAAACGAGGAGCUGGUAGUGCUCUCGGAGAAUUAUUCGAGACACUACGUUCUUCAAUUGCGGGGAAAAGAGGCACGGGGAGAGAGACCAAGAGUGAAAACCAAGAGUGUUACAGAAAUGUACUAACGCCUGGAUUGAAAGGUGACAGCCGGAAUUGAAGGUGGAAGUUGGACGCCAGCGCUACAGAGUCGACAGCGACUGGCGAGCAAAGGGUUGAAAGAGCGGGUCGGAGUACAUGUUGUUCUCCGUGGAAACGAUGUGCUCCGUACUCGAGGCAGGCACUGAGAAAAGAGUACUGUUGCGUGUUACUUUUUGGAGUUCGCCCACAGGUGCAUGCCCAACAACGAACGUCUUGUAAGCCCCCUUUCAAUUUCGCUACUGGGCGCGCUCUAGCGGGGUGGGCAUAUGACGGAUUGAUUGGAGCUCGUCAGGGCGCAGAGUUUGCAUGUGAAAUUAUUUUCUGCCCGGAGGAUUUACUCGUAGUGGCCAAUGUAUCGGGAGAUCUUACGAGCUAGCGGCCGGUGGUAGCGCAGUUUUGGCUGUCUAGUGCCAAUUUCAAUUAUUCAAAAAUGUAAAUGUUGACGUGGUAUGUACAUGAAGGCCUUGUUCAACGCUAGGUGCCCGAAUUGUAAUCGUAGCGUGUUUUGCAGCGGCCAUGCUGCGUCGGCCUACAGGUUGCAAAGAAGCAGUUAGGUGUAUGCGCAAACGCACGGGAUAUGUCUGUCGAUCGGAGGUAAACGCAGUGCCGGCCGAACUCCGCGUUGCAUGUUGGAGAAUGCCUAUCGGCAGGUAGUCCGUGUGGUUAUCUUCUUGGACGAGAACGUGUUGCACGUGUUUCGUUGAGGAAUAAAGUUGGCCGUAUCAUUGCCGUAUUCGAGUUUUAGACAUACCCACAAGAGGAGAGGCUCGGGGGCGAUACUGCCAACGAUAGUACUGCUGACGGGAUUCACUCGAGAUACCCCAGAGGAGAGUUAGCUCUCUUUGCGGCUUAAAUC